AUGGCAUCACAAACAUAUAGCUCGUCAACUCGAGCUGGCGUUAAACCGCCAAACCAGGCCGCUGCAUCCCCUAAUUUCGCCGACCCGAACUUCGACCCAGCCGACUUCCUCAAUGACACUCUAUCGCCGCUGACUGUGGCAUCCUCACAACCAAAUGCCUCGCGGUCACCGGGCUCUGUACCCCUGGCAGAGCUGUCCACGCAGGUCCAGUCACUUCUCUCCCAAAUUAGCGCCCAAAACAUCCGUCUCUCGAGCACAUUAUCCCAACUCACCGACGAAAUCCUCCGAAGCGGUGGACGACUAGCCUACGAAGUUGAGGUUCUACGAGGCGAGACAAUCGGGCUAUCAGAAACUCUAACUGAAGUCCUACGCGACGACAUAGCAAAGUUCGUCCCGGAACCCUCAACAGAAGACGGGCGCAAAACCGAACAAGCAGAAGAGGAUGCGCCAACGAAAGAAGACGAGUCAACAACAAAUCCAGACGACAAGAAAACACCCGUACCAACAGACCCAGAAUAUAUAACGAACCUCCGCAUACUGAGCCAAGUCCGAUCGCGCCUAGAAGACGUUGUACAGACCUUCGGCGACGCAAUGAGCUGGCCACUACCGCCAUCUGAGAUCUCAUUCUCAUCAUCCUUUAUCUCCGUCUCAGGACCAGACCUCGGCCCCGAAGGCCAAGACCGCGAAGAAAAGGGUCAAGAAAUGAUGAAGAAGUUACGCACAGAAGUGACCGAGCUGCUCGACAGCGAAGGCGGAGGAUACGCCGGACUGGAGGCUGCUAACCGCCGCGUUGAAGCCCUACGUACACUCGCGACUGUGUGGAAUACAUCGGCGGAGGAAAAAGCGCGUAAUCGGUUCGUGGAUAGCCUAGCGAAUAUCGUGGAGGAUCGACGACGCACCUUGGACCAACAAGAUCAGAACCGACAGAAGUCUAGGUCUGAGGCUCGGCGCGAUAGUGACAGUGGGGCACCAGCCGGUGGACUGUUCCGGAAUUUGCAGCGUCUAAGAGAGGAAAUCUACUUGGAAUGA